UGGUGUGGGCACGAACCACGUGCUUCUUCUUUUUUUUCUUUUUUUUCUUUUUUUUUUUAACUUUAACCUUGAGAGCAAACCGCGUGCUCCUGCGGGUCUAUAUAAGCAGAAGCAUGGCGAAUUCAUUUCCGUCUCCUCCCUUAUCGGACCGACUCGAGUCUCACUGCUCUGCAACUUUAUCGGGUCCAAUAGACGGUUCCGUCUAGAUAAAAUGGGGGACUACGGGGAAGCUCUGUUGAAUACGAAGGUUCACCAUGAGAACUGCCCGGGAUGUAGAGUGAACAGGAUUAAGGAAGCUGAAAGAGGAACCCCUUUCCUAAAUGUGUUUUCCAUUUGGGCAGUUAUUCUUUGUAGCUCGCUACCAAUAUCGUUGCUAUUCCCAUUCCUAUACUUCAUGGUAAGAGAUUUCCAUAUCACAGAACAAGUGGAAGAUAUCGGAUUUUAUGCUGGUUUUGUGGGUUCAUCAUUUAUGGUUGGAAGAUUUUUGACUUCAUACCUUUGGGGAAUGGCGGCUGAUCGAUAUGGAAGAAAACCUGUGAUAUUAUGCGGAGUUGGCUCAAUAGUAUUAUUCAAUGGGCUUUUUGGGCUUAGCAACAGCUUCUGGAUGGCAGUUAUCACGAGAUUCAUUCUCGGAUGUUUCAAUGGGUUGCUUGGGACAAUUAAGGCCUACGCAUCAGAACUUUUCCGAGAAGAUCAUCAAGCUUUGGCAAUGUCUGUUGUGGGUACAUCGUGGGGUAUAGGUCUAAUUAUUGGCCCAGCAAUAGGAGGAUAUUUGGCUCAGCCUGCAGAGAAAUAUCCCAAUACAUUUUCCAAAGAUUCAUUAUUUGGGAGGUUUCCAUACUUCUUACCCUGCCUAUGCAUAUCGGUCUUUGCAUUUGUUGUGUUUAUUGCUUCCUUUUGGCUGCCAGAGACAAUACAUAAACAUCCUUUGGAGGAGAUAGAGAAAGGAUUCGACACAUCUGAUGAUCUAGAGGCUUCUGAUACAGAAACAAAGAAAAAAAGGAUUUCAACUUCUCGAAUGUCUCUCUUCAAAAAUUGGUCCCUGAUGUCCACUGUUAUUAUAUAUGGUUUUUAUUCACUUCAUGAGAUAUCAUACACUGAGAUAUUUUCUCUUUGGGCUAACAGCCCUCGAAGCCUUGGUGGGUUGGGAUUUUCCUCAGAGGAUGUUGGUCAGGUGCUUGCAAUUUCAGGUUUUAUCUUACUGUUCUCACAACUCUGUAUAUUUCCAAAGCUUGAGAAGCUCUUUGGACCAAUUCAUGUCGCACGCCUUGCGUCGGCUCUUACCAUACCAUUGCUCAUGUGCUACCCAUUGAUCGCAAUGCUCACUGGUUUCACUCUGAAAUUUGUGAUUAAUGUUGCAUCCUUGUUGAAGAAUGCCCUCUCUCUUACGAUUGUCACUGGGAUAGCCAUUCUGCAAAACAAUUCUGUGCCUCGAUGCCAAAGAGGUGCAGCGAAUGGGAUUUCUUUGACUGCUAUGUCUCUAUUUAAAGCAAUUGGUCCAGCAGCAGGAGGUGCCAUAUUUUCUUGGGCCCAAAAGCGUCAGCAUGCUUCCUUCCUCCCAGGUUGGGGAGCAUUAUUUUGAUAUCGUCGACUGACACACCAGAACAUCUCGUCACAGUCUACCGUGGAAACAAUGCACAAAUGUGGCUUUGUUCCUCUUCGGUAUGUUCUUGAGGGUUGGGACCAUGAGGAGGUGGCUUUUGACAUGAAGACUGGGAUGACCUAGACAGCUUAACAUCUUUGCAUUUUCCAUGCUCUAGCGCUAGGAAGCAGUGAGGAUUGGGAGGGUGAAACAUCUGUUGGCCUGAUUCAAUUAUUGUUGCUGGUGGUCGAGAACAGUGUUGGAAUGUUGGCCUGAUUCAAUUGUUGUUGCUGGUGGUCGAGAACAGUGUUGGAAAGUGGUCCAGGCCCGAGCUGAUUACUCGGGUUGACUCCCAGUAACUCGACCCGAUUAGCGCCGAGUACUUUAGCAGCAAAAAAAUGUAAAAACGUAAUAAAAAAUAUCAAAAAAAUAGGAAA